AUGUCUGAAGCCCAGUUCAAGAAGGCCAUAGAGAUCGUCCAGAGCCUCCCCAAGGACGGCCCGGUCAAGCCUACCCAGGAUGACCAGCUCUUUUUCUACUCUUAUUAUAAGCAAGGAACUAUCGGCGAUGUCAAUACGGAGCGUCCAGGUAUACUCGAUUUCGUAGGCAAAGCCAAAUGGGAUGCUUGGAACAAGGUCAAGGGCACUUCUAAAGAGGAAGCUCAGUCCAAAUACGUCGAGAAAUUGACCGAGGCGCGUUGUCUUCGGGUUCACACGCCGCUGUUUCAUUUACCAGUCUGUCACUUUCAGAUUCUCAAGAAGACUGGUGACGAGACCUCGAAUAAAUACCUCGCUGAACUCGAGGCUGCCGCUUGA